AUGGCAAGGUGCUUCAAUUUGUCACGGUGUCUGCUCAAAAAGCAGUUCAAAGUGUAUCUUUAUCCUACAAAUAAUGUUUCUACAAUUUCAGUGGUGUAUGCUAACAUCUUACAAGUUUUGAGAGAAAGUUCGUAUUAUACUGAAGAUUACCAUUCAGCAUGCGUCUUUAUUCUCGGUAUAGAUACUACUGAUCGAGAUAGACGAAGGCACGUGGCCGAAAACUUUGUAAAACACGUCAACGACUUGGUACAUUCGCUUCCUCCUGACAUGUGGAAUGAAGGGCGUAAUCAUAUCAUAUUUAAUUUGUACCAUGGAACGUUCCCUGAUUAUUCAGACCACGAUCUUGGAUUUGAUGUUGGUUAUGCAAUGAUUGCAAGAGCAAGUGCAAAUGCACAGAUGUUUAGGCGCGAUUUUGACCUUUCGUUUCCCUUAUUUCACAAGGAGCACCCGUUACGAACUUCAGUUGAAUCUGUAUGGCCUCUUAAAUUGGAAGAUCGGCACCUUGUUACUUUUAAAGGCAAAAGAUACGUUUAUGGCAUUGGUUCAGAAACUCGGGAUUCGCUUUACCACCUUCAUAAUGGCAGAUCCUCAGUUAUGGUGACUACGUGUAAGCAUAAUACUGACUGGAAAAAGUAUGAAGAUCAAAGUUGGGACUAUGAAGGAAUCAUGUCAAAUUCAACGUUUUGUUUAACGCCACGAGGGCGUAGACUUGGGUCUUUUCGUUUUUUGGAAUCACUGAAGUUGGGAUGUAUUCCUGUGGUACUGUCAGACGAUUGGGUUCUUCCAUUUUCUGAAGUAAUCGACUGGUCGCAGGCUGCUAUAAUUGCUCAUGAAGACUCAGUGCUGACCAUUACUGAUAUUUUAAAUGCUAUCCCAAUGCAAAGAGUAUUACACAUGAAACAGCAGGCAAGAGGUUUAUAUCAGCGGUAUUUAAGCAGUGUUGAGAAAAUUGUGACUACAUCUAUAAAAAUUGUAGAGGAACGCAUAAAUAAACAGAAAGGAUUACCUCCUCGUCAGUGGAAUACAGAGACGUAUAAUAUUCUCGCUCAGAAUACUGACGUUAAAGAAGAGGGGUGCACUGUUAUCCUACAAGCUACAGCCAAAGUAUCCGCCCGUCUAAAUCGCCAUAUUCAAAUGCUUUUAGAUCUUCCAUUUAUCCAAAAAGAUCAGUCAACCAUGUUUUCUGUUGCGUACUUAAAUUACGAUAAGCUGGUGGGAGAUUUCAUCCUGCUUUUUGACGAACGCAUAAACCUGUCGAAACAGGAAUUGACUAAUAUUUAUCGUGUUGCAAGGUCAGAACCAGGAAGAUUAGCUGGGUUGUAUGGAGCUGUCCACCAAGAAACUGCCGAUUCAUGGACUGUUGACUUUACGCCUUUACAAGAACGUUCUAUUGCAUUACCUUACCUUCUUUUCUUUAAACGUAUUUUCCUGCACGACUUAUGGCAAUGGAUUCCAAAACCCGCUAAAAUUAUAGCUGAAAAGAUUCCGCAGUGUUUUACGCUGCUUUUGAAUUUUAUGGUUACUGAAAAGCAGUUUAAGCCCCCAAUUUUUGUUAGUGGUCGCUCGUCUGAGCCAUGGAUCCCACAUCGUAAUUACAGCCUGUGUCUGCGUGAGCUAGUGAAAAAGGUAUGGUCGUCGGGACCGCUUUUGCUGUCCACCAGAAUGCAGAUUGACUCCGUCGUUACAGCUUAG